AUCAUCGCUCUAGAGGGGUCGAACAUGAACAUGCAGACGUUCAACGCGAUGCGGAGCGGCGCGAAGGCGAUGGAAGGCGCUAGGGGGCGUCUGGACGUUGACCAGGUGGACGAUGUGAUGGACGACAUCAAGGACGAGAUGGACAUCGCGGAGCAGAUCGGGGACGCGAUCGCGAGGCCGGCGGACGACCUCUUCGACGACGACGCCCUCCUGGAAGAGUUAGACAUGCUUGAGGAGGCGGACCUCGAGGAGCAGCUCCUCGCACCCCCCGCCGUGCCGACGGCGCGGCCCGCGGCGCCCCAGGGAGUCGAGCAGCCGGCGGUCGCCGAAUCGAAGGUCCCCCAAGGGUACGAGUUGCCAUCGGUGCCGUCGACAACCCCCGUCAGCGCGCCCGUAGCGGUGGAGGAGGACGAGGACGCUCGAGCACUGCGGGAGCUCGAGGCGAGCAUGGCGAUGUGAUUUCGAUCGGGCAGCACGGAGGGGAGGAAGCACCUCUGGGCUGCUGGAAGGUAGUUGGCGAAUUAUGUUGACAUGACCCGGGUGGUCGUUGGAUAAGGGGAGGAAGCGGUUGGUGUGAAAGAAGUAUGUUUUGUAUCCCCCUCUUCGUUGUGGGUGCGGAGCCGGGACGAACUGAACUCUCCGUCCUUGUUGUAGCCUUCGUUUCUUGUGUGCCCCCCACCGGUUUUGAC